AUGAACAGAAUAAAUAGAUUAACUAGAUUGAUUGGAAAUCAAUUCCAAUGUCAAAGAUAUUACUCAACAAAUACAAAUGAAGUUCUAAUCGAUGAACAAGGAAAGGUGAUUAAUAUCUUAUUGAAUCGUCCAGAGGCAUUGAAUGCAUUGAGUCUUCCAAUGGUUAGAAAGUUGACACCACUCUACCAACGUCUACAUCAAUCAAAGGAUGGCGAUGCUGUCGUUGUCAUGAAAGGUGCCGGUGGUAAAGCGUUCUGUGCCGGUGGUGACAUCCGUAGUAUCUACGAUACCAACAACCCAAAGACCAGAAAUCCAUCGGUCAGACCCGACGACACUUUCUUCCGUGAGGAAUACGUGCUCAACAACAUGAUCGGAACCAAUCCAGUACCACAGGUAUCGAUCUACAAUGGUUUCACAAUGGGUGGAGGUGUCGGUCUUUCGAUUCACGGUCGUUUCCGUGUCGCCACCGACAACACUGUUUUCGCCAUGCCCGAGACCGGAAUCGGAUUUUUCUGCGAUGUCGGUGGCAGUUAUUUCUUGCCACGUCUUGCUCACCACACUGGAAUGUAUCUCGGUUUGACAGGUGCCAAAAUCAAGGGUAAGGAUUGCUAUAUAACCGGUGUCGCAACUCACUAUAUCCCAAAUGCAAGAGUGCCGGAACUCGAGAAGGCAUUGGCCGCUCUCAGCUCGCCAACCGAGAGUGCCGUCAACGAAGUACUCGACAGUUUCCACGAGAAGGUCGAUAUCAACGACAACUCGUUGAUUAGCAGUAAAUUCCAGUUGAUCGAAAAGACAUUCUCAAAGAGAUCGGUCGAGCAGAUCAUCGAGGCAUUGAAGGCCGACGGUAGCGAUUGGUCGAAACAAAACAUUUCAACACUCUCAAAGAUGUCGCCAACAUCUCUCAAAGUAGUCUACCAACAGAUCGUCAACGGUGGACAACUUCCAACUUUGGCCGAUUGUCUCAAAAUGGAACUGAGAAUGGCACAAACCUUUGUUGAGAACAAUGACUUUUUCGAAGGUGUCAGAGCUUUAUUGGUCGACAAAGAUAAGAAUCCAAAAUGGAAACCAGAAACAUUGGAACAAGUUACCGACUCUAUGGUAGCUAAAUAUUUUGAUACACAUGGACACGAUUUAAAGCUUUAA